AUGGGCGUUCCUUCAGCGGGUGGGCGACCACAACAGAGCAGCAAGUCUUUCCCUGUGGGUGGACCGGUCGGUCAGAGGCUCGGCGACCCGCUCGGGGAUGUCAAAUGGGGAAGCGUGGGCGCCGCGGUGCGGGAGCUUGCAUUGCUUAACAAACGAAAAUCUGGGGAAGUCAACCUGGGAAGCGCGGACCAGUCCAGCCAGGCCAGGACACUUUUCGAGGCCAACUUCUGCUUCUUACAAGUUACGGAACAAGAGGCUAUGGAAUACGAAGCAGACAGAGACGAGUUCCCCGGAUCCGACAACUGCUCAUUGAAGUAUCCUUGCAUGGGGACUUAUCAGGGCAACGCGCAGUUCCGCAAGGACAAUUCGGCCCUGAUGCUUUGUCGUCCGUUUGGCCGUUUUCCACUCAUCUCAGAGAAAUACCUUGGCGACAUGGAUACAAAGGAUUCUUGGGAGGCCUGGCCAAGUCAUCACGGCCACACCAAAUCAGAAAUCCCAUCUUGUCCCACCUGGGGCUUCUACCCCGUUAUCGAUCAAUCUGCGAUCAUUUGCGAAGACUACCCCAUACAUUGGAUCACCCUUAUGGUUAAAGUGAAUCCUUGGCGACUCAAAUUACUUCGUGACAGGGAGAAAGAGGCCGACCCAGACAACCCGUCCUUGGCCAUUCACACGUCCCUCAACCCCAGCUUGUUUGAGACUCCUAGCCCGCCCAAUGUUGUCCUUCCGCCGCACAUCUUUUCCAUCCAAUAAAUUCGGAGUACCCAGCCUUGUCCAGGGUUCUCAUGCCCAGCAUUGCGGGACUUGGGGGUUGCCCAGGUUCUGGAAAUGAUUUGUCCCCUUUAUCUGUAGGCUGGCUGCAAUGUCCAUCAUCUGCAUUCUAAGGUUUCUCUUGUCUCAGUGAACGGUGGUUGCAGUGAACGGGCGUGUGAUGGUGCCCAGAGUGGCUCAAACUUGUUGAGAAGAAUAUUCAACCAGGGCGGCUGUUGUCUUCCUAACCCACCACUUGACACACUCAUAUUCAGUACGGAUCAGCGUAUGCGGGCCAGCUGAAGGCGAGGCUCCCCCCCUGUAAUUGAUGCGCUUGAUGCGCUGGAAUGAGCAUGAUCGCCUUGAGGGUGGCUUGUUUGGCAAUAUUUCAUACACACAGAC